GUUCGUGAUGCUGAGGACAAGGUAACUCACGCUGAGGACGAGGUUCCUGACGCUGAGGGCAAGCCUGACGCUGAAGACAAGGUUCCUGACGCUGAGGACAAGGUGCCUGAUGCUGAGUUUAAGGUUCCUGACGCCGAGGACAAGGUUCCUCACGCUGACGACAAGAUUGCCGACGCUGAGGAAAGGUUCCUGACGCUGAGUACAAGGUUCUUGACGCUGAGCUCAUGGUUCCUGACGCUGAGGGCAAGGUUCCUGACGCUGAAGACAAGGUACCUCACGCUGAGGACAAGGUACCUCACGCUGAGGACAAGGUACCUCACGCUGAGGACAAGGUUCCUGACGCUGAGGACAAGGUUCCUGACGCUGAGGACAAGGCUCCUGACGCUGAAGACAAGGUUCCUGAUGCUGAGGACAAGGUACCUCACGCUGAGGACAAGGUUCCUGACGCUGAGGACAAGAUACCUCACUCUGAGGACAAGGUUCUUGACGCUGAGGACAAGGUUCCUGGCGCUGAGGAAAGGUUCCUGACGCUGAGGACAAGGUUCCUGACGCUGAAGACAAGGUGCCUGACUCUGUGUUUAAGGUUCCUGACGCUGAGGACAAAGUUCCUAACGCUGAGAACAAGGUUCCUGACGUUGAGGACAAGGUUCCUGACGCUGAGGACAAGGUCUGUGUUUAAGGUUCCUGACCUAACGACAAGGUUCCUAACGCUGAACACAAGGUGCCUGAGACGCUGAGGACAAAGUUCCUAACGCUGAGAACAAGGUUCCUGACGUUGAGGACAAGGUUCCUGACGCUGAGGACAAGGUACCUCACGCUGAAGACAAGGUACCUCACGCUUAGGACAAGGUUCCUGACGCUGAGGACAAGGUUCCUGACGCUGAGGACAAGGUUCCUGACGCUGAGGAAAGGUUCUUGACGCUGACGACAAGGUUCCUGACGCUGAAAACAAGGUGCCUGAUGCUGAGUUUAAGGUUCCUGACGCUGAGGAGAAGGUUGCUAACGCUGAGGACAAGGUUCCUGACGCUGAGGACAAGGUACCUCACGCUGAGAACAAGGUACCUCACGUUGAGGACAAGGUUCCUGACGCUGAGGACAAGGUUCCUGACGCGGAGGAAAGGUUCCUGACGCUAACGACAAGGUUCCUAACGCUGAACACAAGGUGCCUGAUGCUGAGGACAAGGUACCUCACGCUGAGGACAAGGUUCCUGACGCUGAGGACAAGGUAUCUCACUCUGAGUACAAGGUUCCUGACGCUGAGGACAAGGUUCCUGACGCUGAAGACAAGUUUCCUGACGCUGAGGACAAGGUUCCUGACGCUGAGGAAAGGUUCUUGACGCUGACGACAAGGUUCCUGACGCUGAAAACAAGGUGCCUGAUGCUGAGUUUAGGAGAAGGUAGCUUCCGAUGCGAACAAGGUGCCUGACGCUGAGGACAAGGUUCCUGACGCUGAGGACAAGGUACCUCACGCUGAGAACAAGGUACCUCACGUUGAGGACAAGGUUCCUGACGCUGAGGACAAGGUUCCUGACUCUGAGGAUAAGGUUCCUGACGCUGAGGACAAGGUUCCUGACGCUGACGACAAUUGGUAUUCACAGGUUUCUGAUAUUGUUCUAAGUCUGGUGUGA